GAAGCAUUCAAGUCUAAAGAAGCAACGUCUUUGGAGAAUCCAAUUCUAGAAGUAGAACAACUGGAUAAGAGAGACAAGCAUGCUAAAAAAGAUACAGAGAAGGGCAAAAAUGCAGAAGUUUCUGAAGUUCAUUCAAAGAAGCUAUUGGAAGAAAAGGUGGACGAAAUCAAGAAUCCUGAUGAAGCAUCCAAACCUCACGACGAAAAGGCCUUGGAAAAGCACAAGCAGAUUGAGAUAGAAACUGACAAAAAGGACCAAAAGGCAGAGACUUUCAAUGAAAAAAUAUUGGGUCUAUUCCAGGCGCUUGCUCUCAGCACAAAUAACGAGGCAUUGCAGACAAUUGUGACGGAAAGCCAAGAUAUUAUCGAGAAUCUCAGGGAUGCUGAAAAGGUAGCCAAGUCCAUAUUUAAAUUACAAGAGCAUAUCGUUCAUACCUAUGACGGAAAGACAGCAAAUGAAGAUAAUGAUAAGCAAAACGCGGUCGAAUUUAUCGAAGCCCUUCUAGAGGCCUGCCCAGACGCAGCUGAGCAACUAAUUCACAACUAUCUUAAGGAAAUUAAGACAAAUGUGAUUCUAACUAAAGCUUCAAUUCAGCUUAUCGACGAGAGCAACUUGUUCACCAAACCAUCCCUGUUGGUGCCGAAACUAGUUAAUUUGGAAAGGAUUGCUGAGAAAAUUCAGUCUUCUCAACAUUUAGAUAAGUCAUCCGAAAAGAUGAUCAGCUUGCAACAGAAUCUAAUGGAUAUUUUCAUAAUACUUGACGAUCUACUAGACGAGAAGACGGAAAUCUUAAAGCCAAAAAUUGAAGCAAUUAAGUCGAUUUUGCUCGGCGAGUAUGACUAUAUUGAGAAGAAACAAGGAGAUCUUCAUACUGCCAUUGUCCAUGGAAAGAUUCAUAAUGUUACGCAGAAGAUGUUAAACAUUUGUGAAGAUCUGAAAGACUUGAUUGGAAAACAAACUCAACAUAAAGAAGUAGGCGAAAUUGCGGAGGCUGAAAUUCUUUCUGAAAAGAUAUCCGAGGAAAGAGAGGAAGAUCUCAAGAAGAUCAAGAAAGCUAAGGUAUCUAAAGUUCUUUCUGAAAAGAUUUCUGAAGAAAAUGUAGAAGAAAGUCAGAAGGCGGAUGUCGAGGAUUCCGAAGCUAAAGUGCAGAAAGCAAAGGCCCUGGAGAAGCAAGAACUCGAGGAGAAACAACUGGAUGAGACGAAACAGAAACAAGCUGAGAAGGACGCAGAAAAGAAGGCACAAAAAGCAGAAGAAUCUAAGGUUGUUACUGAAAAGAUAUCUGAAGAAAGGGCAGAAGAAAGUGAGAGGGUCGAUGUCAAGGAUUCCGAAGCUGAAGAGCAGAAAGCAAAGGCUCUGGAGAUGCAAGGACUCGAGCAGAAACAACUGGAUGAGACGAAACAGAAGCAAGCUGAGAAGGAUAUAGAAAAUAAGUCCGUAAAGGCAGAAGAAUCUGAUGUUGUUGCUGAAAAGAUAUCUGAAGAAAAAGCAGCAGAAAGUCAGAAGGCGGAUGUCGAGGAAUCCGAAGCUAAAGUGCAGAAAGCAAAGGCCCUGGAGAAGCAAGAACUCGAGGAGAAACAACUGGAUGAGAAAAAACAGAAGCAAGCUGAGAAGGAUGCAGAAAAGAAGGCACAGAAGGCAGAAGAAUCUGAGGUUGUAGCUGAAAAGAUAUCUGAAGAAAAAGCAGCAGAAAUUCAGAAGGCGGACGUCAAGGAUUCCGAACCUAAAGCGCAGAAAGCAAAGGCCCUGGAGAAGCAAGAACUCGAGGAGAAACAACUGGAUGAGAAAAAACAGAAGCAAGCUGAGAAGGAUGCAGAAAAGAAGGCACAGAAGGCAGAAAAAUCGGAGGUUGUUCCUGAAAAGAUAUCUGAAGAAAAGUUAGAAGAAAGCGAGAAGGUGGAUGUUAAGGAUUCCGAGUCUAAAACCAAGAAAGCAAAGGCCCUGGAGAAGCAAGAACUCGAGGAGAAACAACUGGAUGAGACGAAACAGAAGCAAGCUGAGAAGGAUGCAGAAAAGAAGUCCGUAAAGGCAGAAGAAUCUGAUGCUGUUGCUGAAAAGAUAUCUGAAGAAAAAGCAGCAGAAAGUCAGAAGGCGGAUGUCGAGGAUUCCGAAGCUAAAGCGCAGAAAGCAAAGGCCCUGGAGAAGCAAGAACUUGGGGAGAAACAACUGGAUGAGACGAAACAGAAGCAAGCUGAUAAGGAUGCAGAAAAGAAAGCACAGAAGGCAGAAAAAUCGGAGGUUAUUGCUGAAAAGAUAUCUGAAGAAAAGGUAGAAGAAAUUCAGAAGGCGGACGUCAAGGAUUCCGAAGCUAAAGCGCAGAAAGCAAAGACCCUGGAGAAGCAAGAACUCGAGGAGAAACAACUGGAUGAGACGAAACAGAAGCAAGCUGAGAAGGAUGCAGAAAUGAAGGCACAGAAGGCAGAAAAAUCGGAGGUUAUUGCUGAAAAGAUAUCUGAAGAAAAGGUAGAAGAAAUUCAGAAGGCGGACGUCAAGGAUUCCGAAGCUAAAGCGCAGAAAGCAAAGGCCCUGGAGAAGCAAGAACUCGAGGAGAAAAAACUGGAUGAGACGAAACAGAAGCAAGCUGAGAAGGAUGCAGAAAAGAAGGCACAGAAGGCAGAAAAAUCGGAGGUUGUUCCUGAAAAGAUAUCUGAAGAAAAGUUAGAAGAAAGCCAGAAGGUGGAUGUUAAGGAUUCCGAGUCUAAAACCAAGAAAGCAAAGGCCCUGAAGAAGCAAGAACUCGAGGAGAAACAACUGGAUGAGACGAAACAGAAGCAAGCUGAGAAGGAUGCAGAAAUGAAGGCACAGAAGGCAGAAAAAUCGGAGGUUAUUGCUGAAAAGAUAUCUGAAGAAAAGGGAGAAGAAAUUCAGAAGGCGGACGUCAAGGAUUCCGAAGCUAAAGCGCAGAAAGCAAAGGCCCUGGAGAAGCAAGAACUCGAGGAGAAAAAACUGGAUGAGACGAAACAGAAGCAAGCUGAGAAGGAUGCAGAAAAGAAGGCACAGAAGGCAGAAAAAUCGGAGGUUGUUCCUGAAAAGAUAUCUGAAGAAAAGUUAGAAGAAAGCCAGAAGGUGGAUGUUAAGGAUUCCGAGUCUAAAACCAAGAAAGCAAAGGCCCUGGAGAAGCAAGAACUCGAGGAGAAACAACUGGAUGAGACGAAACAGAAGCAAGCUGAGAAGGAUGCAGAAAAGAAGGCACAGAAGGCAGAAAAAUCGGAGGUUGUUCCUGAAAAGAUAUCUGAAGAAAAGGUAGAAGAAAUUCAGAAGGCGGACGUCAAGGAUUCCGAAGCUAAAGCGCAGAAAGCAAAGGCCCUGGAGAAGCAAGAACUCGAGGAGAAACAACUGGAUGAGAAAAAACAGAAGCAAGCUGAGAAGGAUGCAGAAAAGAAGGCACAGAAGGCAGAAAAAUCUGAGGUUGUUGCUAAAAAGAUAUCUGAAGAAAAAGAAAUUCAGAAUGCGGAUGUCAAGGAUUCCGAGUCUAAAACCAAGAAAACAAAGGCCCUGGAGAAGCAAGAACUCGAGGAGAAACAACUGGAUGAGAAAAAACAGAAGCAAGCUGAGAAACCGAAGGAAGCCGAAAAGAAGACUCAGAAGUUUGAAGAAUCUGAGGUUGUUGUUGAGAAGUUAGAAGAAAGCAAUAAGGUCAAUGUGCCUGAAGCGCUUUCCGCAGACAAUAUCAUUGAAGAAAGAAAGUCUGGCUAUCAGCGUGACGUUGAGAGGAAUCAAAGAGUGGAAGAACCUGCCGACGCCAUUAGUAUGCGAUCCUAUAAAUCAAUGGAUUCUGAGUACAAGGAUAGAAAGGAAUCGCGCAGUGCUAAGCGUAAGCCCACUGUGGACAUCCAAUUAACCAAUCGGAACACGGCAUCGGGCAGUGAUCUGAAGCUGACUUGCGGGUUAUCUGGACACGAGAUGAGGGUGGAGUGGUUUAAGCAGAACACUCCGAUUGAGAAUGGGGUCAAGUACAGGAAAACAUUGAACGACGGCCUCUCGUGCCUUGAAAUUAAAUCGGCCGAACUAAAUGAUUCUGGCAUCUACCGCUGCAUUGCGUCCAACCAAAAUGGAGAAGUCGAAACUAGCUGUCUUGUGACUAUAUACGAAGCACCUUCGAGCAAAUUUGGCACCCCGCCAAUAUUUACACGCAACAUUCGAGAUUCAUACCAUUCCCAAGGCAAUAGCCUCACGCUGGAGUGCAAGGUAUCGGGCAGCCCCAAGCCACACAUCUACUGGCAGAGGGACAACACCCUGCUGCCAGUGGAGGGCGCCAAGUACCAGUAUGCGGAGCAGACUGACGGCGUGAAGCUCCUGACCAUAGCGCACUUUGGCAGCAACGACUCCGGCCUGUACACCUGCUAUGCGGAGAGCGAGAACGGUCAGAUGAAGAUCAGCAAGUUCGUGCAGGCCUCCGACUACAUACGCGAGCGAGCGUCUGAAAAGAAACCCAUUGAUAUGGUCAUUCAGGAGAUCAAGAGGGAUGAUGAAUCCUCCUCCUCCGCUGCUGCUGCUGCUGCUGCGAGUGACAAUGCGUCAGCCAAGGCCAAGGCACGCGAGGCCAAGCUGCGCCUCAGCCUGGAGACCAGCUUGAAGACCAUGACCAUCGGCAGCGGCAACAAGGCGCAGAUGAUUUGCUAUGUGACCGGCUUCAUCGAGGAUGUGCACUGGCUGCGGAACGAGGAGCGCGUGACAAAGGAUGCCCGGCACAAGAUCUACAACAUAAACGGAGCCAUCAGCCUGGAGAUAUACGAUGCCCGGGUCGAGGACAGUGGCCACUACAGAUGCGUCGUGAAGAACAGCAAGCAGACCGUGGAGAGUGCCGGACAGCUGAGUGUGUUGGAUCAGACCCACGGACACCUGCCGGAGAGCUUCUCGAGUGGAAUAACAGAGUCCUACGAUGCGCAGCGGAAUGAGAUUGUGCUCAGCUGUCAGGUGCAUGGACGUCCCAGUGUCAGUUGGAUGCGCGACGAUCACACGAUCUGCAACAAUCGCUACAAGGCGAUGGAGGAGCCCGGCGGCGUUCGGAAGCUGAUCAUACGCAAUCCCAUAUCCUCCGAUUGCGGCAUCUUUGCCUGCUAUGCGGAGCACGAGGAUCGAAUCGAUUCGGUCAGCACCUCCAUCAGAGCAGCCGACCUCAAGCGUCUGAUCACUGUCAGUGCAGAGAGUGUAUUGGCAAUUUCUGAUCAGGAUGUGUCCAGCUGGUCGCGCAGUACAUCGCAUAUAAGCACAGCAGCUGCUCAGGUCAAUGGGAAUGGAGAGCUUCAUCGGGCCGGAGAUCGCAUCUUGCGCAGCGUGGGCAAAGCCAAGCCGCUCUUCCACGCUCUGCUGCACGAUCGCACCGUUUCAGAGGGAGCCAAUCUGCGGCUGGUCUGCGCCGUUUCGGGCGAUGAGAGCACCCACAUCGAGUGGCUUAAGAACCACAAACCGCUGCCCAGGGACACACGCUACCAGACCCUCUACCAGAACGGCGAGGCCUCGCUGGAGCUCUAUGCUGCAGUGGCCGAUGACAGCGGCAAUUACACCUGCUGUGCCAGCAACGACUUUGGCGAGAGCCUCACCCACGCCCAGUUGCGUGUCUACAAGCACUUCAAGGAAGCCUCACAGCCAAGUACUUUCACGCAGCCAAUUCGAGACACAUAUUCUCUUAACGAGAAUGAGUUGGUUCUGGAUUGUCGCGUGCGUGGCCAGCCCCGCCCCGAGAUUGAGUGGAUGAAGGGCAACGAGAUCCUCAGCAACGAUGAGAAGUACCUGGUGAUCAGCCAGGCCGAUGGCUAUGCUAAAUUGGUCAUUAUCAGCCCCACCGAGAAGGACUCUGGCGUAUACUCGUGCGUGGCCCGCAACGAGGGAGCCGAGCACAAGAUGUCCCACCAGGUGGACUUCAAGGGACGUGAGCGGUACACACAGGAGAAGACGUCGGGCUUCUACCAUCGUGACCCCAACAAGCCGCACUUCCUCAUGCCACUGGGUAACCAGACCGUCUGCGAUGGCGGCACUGUGGCCAUUUCGGCCGAGUUCAUGCAAACCGCUACGCCCCUCGAGGUGAAAUGGUUGCGCGGCGGCCAGCUCGUCGAAGGUCCCAAUGUCCACACUCUGGCUGAGCGCGGCGUCUACACGCUGACCAUUAUGCAAGCUGGUCCGCAGGUUGAGGGCACGUACACGUGCCGCGCCUCGAAUGCAUACGGACGGAUCGAGUCGCAUGUCAAUAUCGAUGUGGCCGUUGGUGCCGAAAAGGAGGAGCGGCCACCGCUGUUCCUGUCGCGCCCCGACACCGAAAUGAAGAUCGCCGUGGGUGAUCCCUUCUCGUUUGCCUUCCGCAUUGCCGGCGAUCCGAAACCAAGGCUCACGUUCAUGAAGGGCACCAAGGACAUCACCCAAUCGGAUCGGGUCAGCCAAGAGGUAUCCGAUGACUACACAAGAUUCACAGUGCAGCAGGCCCAAAUCUCCGACUCGGGCACCUACUUCGUUGUGGCACGUAACAACUUUGGCACGGACAGGAUAUUUGUUACCGUCACGGUAAACCCGCGCGCUCGCUCCGCAACGCCAACGCAACCACGCUGGGGCCUACCACUCGACAGUUACAGCGACACAUCGUAUUUCAGAGAUCCACCUGGCUGCAUAUCCACCGAGCCGCUGGUCGUCGACUCCGGACCCACACACAUCUCCCUGUCAUGGGGCAAGCCGGUGAGCGUCAACUCAGCUCCGGUUAUUGCCUACAGAGUGGACGCCUGGAUUGUGGGCCACGAGGGCGGCGCCUACUGGCGAGAGCUGGGCCUGACGCCGAUCAACUCCUUCGACGCCUUCAAUCUGAAGCCCAAUGUGGAGUACCACUUCCGGGUCACGCCCAAGAAUCGCUACGGCUGGGGUCCGGCUGUCCAGACGAGCUCCACUCUGCAGGUGGGCGGAGUCGAGUGCCUGCCCGAGUUCGUCAAGAUCCUGCCCGGCCAGGUGAAGGCCUUGCUUGGCUCCUCCUUCACUCUCCAGUGCAACAUGCGAGGAGCCCCACGGCCGCAGAUAACUUGGUACAAGGAUGGCAUUCAGCUGAGCAGCAGCUCGGAGCGCGUGAGGAUCCGACAGAUUGGCUCCACCUGCGCCCUGACCAUAGCCACUGUCAGCGAUCUGGACUCUGGCCGCUACACCUGCGAGGCGACCAACUCCAAGGGCCGCGUCUCCACCUUUGCGCGGCUGCAGGUUGUGUCCGAUUCGCGGCUGUACGAGGCAGACUCGCGUCUGAAGGAAAUCGCCCAUGGACGCAGUGUGGCUGAGGUGGGCGAUUCGCUGCCCAUCUUCACCAUGCGCCUGCGGGAUCGCCGCGUCCAGGUCACCUAUCCAGUGCGUCUCACCUGCCAGAUUGUGGGCUAUCCCGUGCCGGAGAUACUCUGGUACAAGGACGAGGAGCUCAUCAACGCUGACCGGCGACACCAGAUCACAGCCGAGGGGCAGUUCUUCACGCUAGAGAUUGCGGCCACAACGCUGGACAUGAGCGGCACCUACACCUGCCUGGCCAAAAACGAACUGGGCUCCGUGUCCUGCCACUGCACUCUGGUGGUGGACAAAGGCAUUCGUGCCUACAUCUCGCCCGACUUCUAUGUGCCCCUCGAUCCGUUCUAUGUGUUCCCCGAGGGCUCAGAAAUACGCCUCUCCACCAAGGUGGAGGCCUACCCAGCCGUGGGCGUUACCUGGCAUCGUAAUGGCAUGCGGCUGCGCCCCAGUCGACGCCUGACCGCCACCCUGGACAGCAAUGGAUACGUUGAGCUGAUCAUUGCCGAGGCCACUGUGCGGGAUGCCGGAAUCUAUGUGUGCGUGGCCUCCAAUGUGGUCGGCAAGGUGGAGACCAUUUGCCGCGUGGCCAUCGAAGAGGCGGAGCACAAAAUGGUGCCGCAGCGUUCACUGGAAAUACCCAGCAUCAAGACUGACGAUUUGCCUUACUCCAAGGAACCGCUGUUUGUGGUCAAGCCCCGUUCCAGUGAGGCCUACGAGGGCGACAACGUCAUCAUAUUCUGUGAGGUAGUUGGCGAUCCCAAGCCCGAGGUGGUUUGGCUGCGUGAUUUUCUGAAUCCGGAGUACUAUAAGGACGCGCCACAUUUCCGUAGGAUUGGCGAGGGCCCAGAGUACAGACUGGAGAUACCGAGCGCCAAGUUGGACUUUACCGGCACCUAUUCCGUCAUAGCCAGCAAUUGCCAUGGCGAGGCCAAGGCUGUAAUAUCGCUACAAAUAUUUGCCAAAGAUAUACUUAAAGAUAGCCGCAUGGAUAAGGUUCACACGCGACAUGGCAACAUCGAGACACUUCCGCGAUUCGUCAGAAACUUGAGAAAUUUGCGUUGCUGCGAUGGCGACGCCAUAUCGUUGGAGUGCCAUGUGGAGGCCAUGCCCGAGCCGUACAUAAUCUGGGAGAAGGAUGGACAUGUGGUGCCCAGCGACAAGGACUACGUGAUGUCAUAUGACGGCACAAAGGCCGUUUUGAGCAUACCCCGCGUCUAUCCGGAGGAUGAGGGCGAGUACACCUGCGUGGCAAAGAACUCCGUGGGAAGGACGCUUUCGUCGGCCUGCAUAAUCGUGGAUGUGCCCGAGGAGAAGGAGAACAUGCUGAGUCGCCAGCUGACACGGCCAAGCGGCCUGCUCUCGGCCCACUCGACGCCCCGCUCCACGCCGCGAUCGACACCCAAUCGAAGCUUCUCGCCCAUGCGACGCCUCUCGUACCGCACCAGCAGCAUCGAUCUGUCCGGUGUGGCUGAGCGGCGCCGCAGCGAUGCCCGAAAUGCCUUCACAGCUCCCAAAUUCCUUGCCAUUCCCUACAACCGCGUCGUCGAGGAGGGUGACAGCGUCCGCUUCCAGUGCGCCAUCGGGGGCCAUCCAACACCCUGGGCCACCUGGGACAAGGACGGGAUGAUUGUGACACCCACCACACGCAUAGCUGUGAAGGAAGUAGACGAUCUGCGCUUCAUCGAGAUCGAUGAGGUGAGCUUCGACGAUGCGGGCCUGUACCGCAUCACCCUGGAGAACGACUUUGGGCGCAUUGAGGCCACCGCUCGACUGGACGUCAUCCGGAGCUCUCGCUAUUCCAAGUCCCCCUCAGCGCGAAGUGUUCGAGCCUCCUCCUCCCGCCGCAAUGCCUAUCUGCACAGGCGCAUCAUGGGUCCAUCCACAGCAAUUGGCGGACGCAUGGCUCUGGCAAGCGGCUACCGAGGCUCCUCAGUGCCGUCGGUGCGAUUCUACCACAACAACGUGGAGCUGGAAUCCACGGAUCGAGUGCACAUCCUGCUGCAGCCGGAGGACUCAAUGGCCAUGCUCAUCGUGGACAAUGUGACGCGCGAGGACGAGGGCGUCUACACCUGCAUCAUAAGCGGAGAUCAUGAUCCGCUGAUUAGUUCCACGAGCGUUACCUUCCACGAACCCAGCACAGAAGUUCCGCGGCGACGCGCUGUCAUUGCGGAACCACUGCCCGAGAUUACCAAAGCGGUGGAGGGCGAGGCGAUCGAUCUGUGCUGCGCCAUCGACUGCGAGCAGCCCUACAGCUACCUUUGGCUACGUAAUGGGGAAAUUCUACCAGAUAGUGACGAGUUCAACUACAUUGAUCACGGCAAUGGAUGCCUCUGCCUGCGCCUCAACGAACCAUUCGACAUUGACUCGGGCACAUACAGCUGUCAGGUGUUCACCUCCCCCUCCGAAUGCAACGACAUACUCCUUGACAACUCCACCUUAGCCUCGGACAGUGACUGCGACUGCAGCAGUAGCGGGGAGCUAUGCGUUUUAGAGCGGGAUCUGUCCCAAAACGACCAGGAGUGCAUACAACUACUUAAGACGCCGCUGCCCGUGGUCUGUGGAUCGGGAGAGGAGGCGCUUUUCUAUGCGCGUGUUUUCCCCUGCGAAGCGGAAGCCGUCUGGUAUCUCAAUGGAAAGCCGCUCGCCGACGAGGUGGAUGACUCACUGAACAUGACGUUGGAGUCGUAUCCAGAGAACGGCAUUCGGGUGCUGCGCCUGCGAGACGUGCAGCCCUCACAGAGCGGAGAGAUUCGGCUGCAAGUGAAGCAUCCACAGACGGAGCGGCGCAUACCCACUGCCCGGACAUACACCAGUCUGCUGGUCUUGCCCAUUGUACGGGGCAACAGUAGCAGCAGCGGCUCCUCAUCGCUGGCUGCCAGAAGCUGCAUUUUGACACGCCCCGAAGAUUGCACCGCCCUCAUCGGCGGUCAUGUCCGGCUAAGCGUGCGCUACGACCCAUUCCCGGGCACCAAAGUCAUCUGGUACAAGGCGUGCCGUGCCAUUGUCGAGGGCUCCCAUGUGACUAUCCGUACGAGCGCUCAACAGUCGACGCUCUACAUAACGGACAUCUCGGCCGAUGACAGCGGCAAGUACACGGUGGAAAUAAUGAAUGACUAUGGCGUGGAGGCGGCGGCCGCCUCUGUGGCCGUUGAGGGACCACCAGAGCCACCCAGCGGACAGCCGAGUGUAUCCCUCGGACCAGAUCGCAUGGCGGUGGCCUGGUGUGGACCGCCCUACGAUGGCGGCUGCAUGAUCACCGGCUUCAUCAUUGAAAUGCAGAGCUGCGAUCCCGUGGACUGUGAUAGGGAGAACGAUGAAUGGCAGCAGGUGGCACGCGUUGUGGACACCCUGGCCUACACCGUCAAGAAUCUGCAGCCCCAAUUGCAAUACAGAUUUCGCGUGCGCGCCGAGAACAUACACGGACGCAGUGCGCCCAGCCAGCCCAGCGAACUGGUGCAGAUGAGCAGCAGGCAGUGCGCGGCGAGGGCGGAAGAGACGGCCACCGUGGACUAUGGACAGGCGGUGAGCGUGCAGUCUGGCGGAGAUUUCAAGGCGCGCUUCGAGGUCAUCGAGGAGCUGGGCAAGGGCCGCUUCGGCAUCGUGUACAAGGUGCAGGAGCGUGACCAGCCGCAGCAACUGCUCGCCGCCAAGGUGAUCAAGUGCAUCAAGUCGCGCGAUCGCCAGAAGGUGCUCGAGGAGAUCUCCAUCAUGGGAUCGCUGCAGCAUCCCAAGCUGCUCCAGCUGGCCGCCUCCUUUGAGAGUCCGCGGGAGAUUGUCAUGGUGAUGGAAUAUAUCACCGGUGGGGAGCUGUUCGAGCGUGUGGUGGCCGAUGACUUCACCCUCACGGAGCUGGACUGCAUUCUGUUCCUGCGUCAGGUGUGCGAGGGCGUGGCCUACAUGCACAGCCAAAGCGUUGUCCACCUGGACUUGAAGCCGGAGAACAUCAUGUGCCAUACACGGACCAGUCACCAGAUCAAGAUCAUUGACUUUGGCCUGGCCCAGCGACUGGACACGAAGGCGCCCGUCCGCGUGCUCUUCGGAACACCUGAAUUUAUACCCCCAGAGAUCAUUAGCUACGAGCCCAUCGACUUCAAGUCGGACAUGUGGAGCGUGGGCGUCAUUUGCUAUGUGCUGCUCUCUGGCCUUUCGCCCUUCAUGGGCGACACCGAUGUGGAGACCUUCUCGAAUAUUACCAGAGCGGACUACGACUACGAUGACGAGGCCUUUGACUGCGUUUCGCAGGAGGCCAAGGACUUUAUCUCCCAGCUGCUGGUGCACCGCAAGGAGGAGCGCCUGACCGCCAAACAGUGCCUGGAGUCCAAGUGGCUGUGCCAGCGCCACGAUGACAAUCUCAGCAACAACAAGAUCUGCACGGACAAGCUCAAGAAGUUCAUCAUUCGACGCAAGUGGCAGAAAACUGGAAAUGCUAUUCGCGCUCUUGGACGCAUGGCCACGCUGUCGGCGUCGCGAAGGAACUCUGCCAUCGCCAUGGGAGCCCUGAACAGUCCGCGACCCUCCAUCUCGGGCCUGGGAAUGCUGAAUGCCGCCAGCGCACUGGUCAGUCCUGUGGGCACGCAAAUGUCGUCGCUGCACGAGGAGGAGGACGACUUCAGUGUCGAGAUGCCGCAUGUGGAGAAGCGGUAUGCCCACGGAGCCCUGAAGCUGCGCGACAAGUCGCAGUGCAGCGAGCGUAGCGACUCGGGCUACAGCGAGUGCUCCAACUGCAGCCUGGGAGCCACCGGCGUCGGCGCCCAGGAGACGCUGCUCCUGUCACUGGCCAAAUCCAAGCUGGAACAGAUUGCCAAGGCGAGCAUUAGUCCGCUGCCAGUGGUCCUGGACACACCUGAGAGUCCCAUCACCCUGGAGCUGCCACCCAAAGGCGAGCCCAUAAUGCGCUCCGACUUCACCAACACCAUAAAGAUGCGAAAAAAGUCGCUGGAGGACAAUGCCGCGCGCGAAAAACCAAAGCUGCAUGCCAAGCCCCCGUGCGAGUCCUCCAAGCUGAAGGUGUCCCAGCUAAAGGACAAGUUCCAGCAGUCCAAAACCGCUUCCGCUGCUGCUAACAAACCCAAGCUUGCCCCAGAGCCCAACAAGAUCACCAAAGUCGCCAGCGUGGGUCGCAUCGCUCGAACAGAGGAGCCAGGGAAAACCGGAAGCAACAGCAGCAGCAGCAGCUCCACUAAGACAGCAAAAUCAGCUCAAACCCGAUCCAUGCCUAGUUCACCGCUGCCCCAGCGUGCUGCCACGCCGACGCGGCUGAUGAGCCAACGUGUCCGUGAGGCGACCGAGCGUCUUUCCCAACAGCACACGGUGGCGAGCGCUCAGCGGCACAAUGGCAAUGGCAAUGGGAACAGUAACGGCAACAGUAACAGCAACAGCAACAGCAAUGGCAACGGUAAUGGAAACGUCCCAGAGAGCAGUCGCGAGUCACGUGCGCGACGUCUCAUCAAUAGAUUCAACGAAACGAAACAUAUCACGUCCUAGAUUUAUGUCGCUUAAAUGCCGACAAACAUAACUUUAUUAUUGCAGAAAUCAUUUGCUUAGACAAGACCCCAGAAGAAACUCUACGAACACUCGAAUAUGAAUAUGAAUGCGAAUGCGAUUGCGAUUGCGAACACGGGGUUAGAACGCCCUCAUCCCACAUCCCACAUCCCACACCCCAGCCACAGCCACACCAUAAACACACAUGUAAUACACAUCCACAUCUCUGAUCAGAUCAGGCACCCCGUGUCCGAAACGGGGGCAAGCACUGUACUUAGGCUAGAGGAGAAGCUAAAUAUUUAAAUUAUUGUAUCGAUUUAUAUACAUACUUAUUUACCAUACUAAUUAAAGUUAAUGUAACGAA